AUGUCAUCUAACAAUCAAUCAGAAAUAGCUCCCCCAUUAAUUACAUCAGAUCAGGUGGAUGGUACUUUGAAAGAAAAUGAUGUAAAAACAAUUCGUGGCACAUUAAUUAGUCAGGUUGAAGCAAACCGACAAAAAAGUAAACGAUUAAAACAAUUAGUUGAAGAACGUCGGGCAACUGUGGAUGGAAGGCAUUUAUACAUAAUUCAAACGUUAGCCCAAGCUAUACGGCUUGAAGUUCAAUUAAUCACUGAUACUUUAUUAAUGGACGAUAAAUGGUCCGAAUUCGAUGAAUUCUUUCAAGCUAAAGGAAGCAAACGAUUAUUAUUCUAUUAUCAAGAAGCUGUUGGACAAACAAGAAAAAGAAUAUUUAUUGCUACUGGGACUCAUGAAGUACUACGUGGUACAUGUUUUAUCUUUCUACGAAUUACUGACAAGGCUAUUACAACUGCAAAUAUUGGUACAGAAGUUUCAUUUCAACAAUUAGAUGCAACAGAAGGACGUUUAUUUGAAUCUGUACAAAAUUAUUUGGAAAAACUCGCAUUACCAGUGUUCGAAGGAUUAGGUGAAUCUGAUACAAUUGAAAAAUCACUAUCAGAAACAAUAAAUAUGGAAGAAUUUGUUGCGGUACUCAGACGAUACUUAGAUGCACUUUCAAGUGCUAGAGAGAAUAUGAGUGAUAAAUUGGACUUGACGGCCGGACAAGAAUCAGAAACGGCUAUACAAAUAAUCAAUACAAAUGAAAUUGAAAAUAUUAUUGAUAGUUCUGAAACAAUGGAUCGUUUAAUUCGCUUAGUUGAGAAAUGGGUUAAUCAAAUUGAACAAAUAUUAAACCAGUCUGAUCAAGUUCGUAGAGAAUCGGAUGACGUUGGACCUUCGGCUGAAUUGACCUAUUGGAGAGCUCGUUUAGUUCGUUUCACUAACUUAAUUGAAGAAAUGCGUAAUCCAAGUAUUCAAGCAAUUAUUUCUACUUUACACUAUGCAAAAGCACGUGUAAUUAAACACUGGCGUCAACUGGACGAUCGCAUCAUUAAUGGAGUUAAUGAAGCAAAAGAUAAUCUUAAAUAUCUGUUUACACUGGAUAACUUUUUCGGUUCAUUUUCCAAUACAAAUCCAUCUAAAAUACGUCAACAAUUACCAGUUCUACUUAAUGCUAUUCGUAUGAUUUACAGUAUCUCUGAAUAUUAUAAUAAUUCAGAAAGAAUGACUUCAUUAUUUAUUAAAAUAACAAAUCAAAUGGUUGUUGCAUGUAGAAAGUAUGUAACAGAUGGUGUAAGUCGAAUAUGGGAUUUACCACGAAAUAUUUUACUUGAUCGAAUCAAUGAAUGUAUUCAAUUGAAUGUUGAAUAUCAAGAGAAUUUCCGUAAAGUUCGACAUAGACUUCAAGAAAAUCCAUCCGGUAGACAAUUCGAUUUCAGUGAAAAUUAUAUAUUUGGCAAAUUUGAUGUGUACACAUCAAGAUUAAAGAAAAUUUUAAUAAUUCUAGAAAAUAUAGAUAAUUUCAAUGUAUUAUUGGAUUUUAAAGCUGAAGGAAUUGAUCCAAUUGUUGUACGAUAUAAAACAUUUUAUGAUAAUUUACAUAAAAGAAAUUUCGAUGGAGCUGAUCAAAUUAAACGUGAUUUUGAUAGGGACUUGGAUGAGUACAAAAGUCAAUUCGACACAAUAGCACAACAACUUCGCGAUUUCCUUGACGCAUGGUUUAAACAACCUGCGCCUGUUGAACGUCAGUUAAGAAUUUUAGAAAAAUUUGAACAGAUUAAAUGUUGUCAAUUAGAUUUAUCAGCUAAAUAUGAAUUGGUUAUAAAGAAUUAUGCUAAUGAAUUAGAAAUGGUUCGUCAAUUAUAUGAAAAACAAAAAAAUGAUCCACCAAUAGCUAGAAAUAUGACAUCGAUAGCUGGUAAAAUGUUUUGGGCACGUCAUUUAUACAAGCAAAUUGAAAUACCAAUGGAACGAUUUAAAGAAAAAUGUCCAGAUGUAUUAUGGGGACACGAAGGUCAAAAAUGUGUGAAGAAUUUUAACCGUAUUGCAGAAGCUCUAGUUCAAUUUGAAUUAAUCUAUUACCAUCAUUGGUGUCAAACUAUUGAAAAUGUACAUUCUAGUUUAUCAUCAUCAUUAAUUGUACGUGAUCCUGAUACAGAACGUUAUUAUGUAAACUUCGAUUUGGCAAUAUUAGAACUAGUUCAUGAAGCUCGUUAUAUUUCAAGUUUAGGUUUUAAUAUACCAUCAGUAGCUAGUCGUUUAUUAAUUCAAGAAAUCAUGCUUAAACAAAGACAUAAUAUCUUACAAGAAAUAUUAAAUGCAAUUGAAGAAACUUGGGCAUCCGUUCCGAAUGUACUGUUACCUUUAUUUCAACCAUUCCGUGAUAAAUUAUGUCAAGCUCUAAACGCCGGUAUCUAUCAACUCAACUGGAAUUCUACUAGUAUAGAUGAUUUUGUCAAAAAAGUUUCUAAUGAGCUUGAGAGUUUAAAACUUUUGAUAAAACGUACUAGUGAUAUAUUAAACUGUCGUGUUGAAGAUGUUUUUGAAGAAAUGGCUGAAACAAAUUUAUGUGAUUUACCAGAUGAUGAUCAAGUUACAUUAGAUCAAUUUAUUCAAAUAACUGAAACAACUGUGGCAUAUGCUGCUGAAAAUCUAUCCAUUAAAAGUCAUCUUAUAGAAAUGGCAGUUAAUGAAAUGUUGGAUUUAAUUAAAACAGAUCUAGAUGAGAAUCAACGUAGAGGAAGAUGUCUUGAAUGUAAACCAUGUAUAUAUUUUACAUUUUUAAAUCAAUUCACUCAGCGUAAUACAGAAGCAUUAGUAAAAUGCACUCGAAAUACAUUAGAUUCGUUAAAAUUACGAAUUCAACCGAUGACAUUAAAGUUUCACCAGGAGCAUGCAACUGAGAAAGAAGGGCGAAAAACACCAUUGUUUAAAGUCAAUCUCAUUUUAUCCAUACCAAAUGUUGUAAUGCAGCCGUCGCUGGAUGAAUUACAAACUGGUUUACAUAAAUCAAUGUCAAUUAUAUUAAAAAUGACACAAAAUGUUCAACCAUGGCAACAUAUGAUACUUACACAGAAACAACAACAAAAGGAACUUGACCAGUUAGCUGAACUGCAAGGAGAAGAAGCUAAACUGUCUUCUUCACCGAUAAAACCAUUACAUCGUAUUAUCGCCGAACAUAAAGAUGUAGUUAAAAUUUCAAUUCAAUUAAAUACGAUAUUUAAUGCAUUUAAAGAAGAAAUCCAAAAAGUCUCUAAUACAUACAAUGAAUUCUCAGAUUUGUGGACGACAGAUCCUCAAACUGUUGUUUCAGAGUUCAUGAAGACUGAACCAAUUUUAUCGGAAAUUAAUGGACAAAUGAAUUAUUACUCUAAAAUGGAAAAGUUAAUUGAAUUAAUUCCAUCAUCAACUCAAGUUGGUUCACUAGUCUUUAAAAGUAAUGACUUAAAAGACAAUUUAAUUCGAGAAUGUCAAAAUUGGCGUCGUGUCUACGGUCAAGCAUUGAAUCAACGUUGUGCAACAGAAAUGAAUAAAAUUCUUGAACAAUUUGAUAAUCUUUCGAAACGUCUUAGUCGACCAAUAAAAGAUUUGGAUGAUGUUCGAGAACAAAUGGCUGCCUUAUCUGAUUUAAGAGCAUCAGAAAUUCAAUUCGAUAUGACUAUUGGACCCAUUGAAGAAUCAUAUGCUUUAUUAAAUCGUUAUGAAUUAUAUUUUAAUGAUGGUAAUGCAGAACGUGUAGAUGCAUUAUCUUAUGGUUUCUCUAAACUAAAAAUACAAAGUCAACAAGUACAAGAUCAUCUUUUAGAAAUUCAACCAACAUUUAAAAAUGAAUUAAUUAAUGGAGUGGAAAUAUACAAACAAGAUCUGAAUGUAUUUACCAGUGAAUAUGAUACAGCUGGACCAAUGGAACCUGGUAUCAUCCCACGUGAAGCGUCAGAUCGUUUAAGUUUAUAUCAAGCACGUUUUGAUGAUCUAUGGCGUAAAUAUCAAACUUAUUCAGGUGGUGAAGAAUUAUUCGGCAUACCGAUAACAGAUUAUCCUGAUUUACAAAGAAUACGCAAAGAAUUGAAUUUAUUACAGAAAUUAUAUCAGUUAUAUGAUUCUGUACUGGAUACUGUCAGUGGUUAUUACGAUAUACAAUGGACUGAUGUCGAUAUUGAUUUAAUCAAUCAACAAUUGCUAGACUUCCAAAAUAGAUGUCGAAAAUUACCAAAAGCACUUAAAGAAUGGCAAGCAUAUACAGAGCUUAGCAAAACAAUAGAUGAUUUUAAUGAAACAUGUCCAUUACUUGAAAUGAUGACGAAUAAAGCUAUGGCUACUAGACAUUGGGAAAGAAUAGAAGAAUUAACAAAACAUAAAUUUGAUGUAGAAUCAGACAACUUUCUAUUGCGUAAUAUUAUGGAAGCACCAUUAUUAAAAUAUAAAGAAGAUAUUGAAGAUAUCUGUAUUUCAGCAGUUAAGGAAAAAGAUAUUGAGGCUAAGCUUAAAACUGUUAUGAAUGAUUGGUCAAGUCAGAAUUUUCAAUUCAGCCUCUUCAAAACACGUGGUGAAUUAUUACUCAAAGGUGAUAGUAUCAAUGAAGUUGUUACUCUUAUGGAAGAUUCCCUAAUGCUAUUAGGAUCAUUACUAUCAAAUCGAUAUAAUGCACCAUUUAAACCGAAAAUACAAGAAUGGGUACAAAAAUUGACUACAACUAGUGAAAUUAUUGACAACUGGUUGCAAGUACAAAAUUUAUGGAUUUAUUUAGAAGCUGUGUUUGUUGGUGGCGAUAUAGCUAAACAAUUACCUCAAGAAGCUAAACGUUUUGGAAAUAUCGACAAAAGUUGGCAACGUAUUAUUCAAAGAGCUCAUGAAAUACCAAAUGUAGUUAACUGUUGUACCGGGGAUGAUACAUUAAGUCAACUGUUACCACAUUUAUUAGAACAAUUAGAAUUAUGUCAGAAAUCACUGACGGGUUAUUUAGAAAAGAAACGUCUGAUAUUUCCAAGAUUCUUUUUUGUUUCUGAUCCAGCUCUGUUGGAAAUACUUGGCCAAGCAUCUGAUUCACAUACAAUUCAAGCACAUUUAUUAAAUGUAUUUGAUAAUACUAAAAGUGUUACAUUCGAUGAUAAAGUUUAUGAUAAAAUAUUAGCAGUAAACUCACAAGAAGGUGAAACUAUUCAAUUAGUGAAUCAAGUAAUGGCACAAGGUAAUGUUGAAGUAUGGCUUGGUGAAUUAUUACAAACAUCAAGAAAUUCACUUCAUUCAGUUAUUAGAUCAGCAUAUUUUGCGAUAAAUGAUCAACAAUUUAACUUAUUAGAAUUUGAAAAUUCAUAUCCAGCACAAGUUGGUCUACUUGGUAUACAAAUGUUAUGGACAAGAGAUGCACAAGAAGCAUUAAGACAAGCCAAAAAUGAUCGAAAAAUUAUGAAUACAACAAAUUAUUUCUUUUUAGAAAUAUUAAAUGAACUUAUUGGUGUUACAACACAAGAAUUAUCUAAAAUUGAUCGAACAAAAUAUGAAACAUUAAUUACAAUACAUGUACAUCAAAGAGAUAUUUUCAAUGAUCUCGUUACAAUGCGUGUCAAAUCCCCUAAAGAUUUUGAAUGGUUAAAACAGUCAAGAUUUUAUUUUAAUGAAGAAAAUGAUCAAUGCAUCGUUAGCAUUACUGAUGUAGAUUUUAUUUAUCAAAAUGAAUUUCUAGGUUGUACAGAUCGAUUGGUUAUUACCCCAUUAACUGACAGGUGUUACAUUACUUUAGCUCAAGCACUUGGUAUGUCACUUGGUGGUGCACCAGCUGGACCGGCAGGUACUGGGAAAACGGAAACAACCAAAGAUAUGGGUCGCUGCCUUGGUAAAUAUGUAGUUGUAUUCAAUUGUUCCGAUCAAAUGGAUUACCGUGGUUUGGGUCGAAUUUAUAAAGGUUUGGCACAAUCUGGUUCGUGGGGUUGUUUUGAUGAAUUCAAUCGAAUUGAAUUACCUGUACUAUCUGUGGCAGCGCAACAAAUUGCUAUUGUACUAACAUGUAAAAAAGAAAGAAAACCACAAUUUAUAUUCACUGAUGGUGAUACAGUUGAUAUGGACCCCGAAUUCGGCAUAUUUUUGACUAUGAAUCCCGGUUAUGCUGGUCGACAAGAAUUACCGGAAAAUUUAAAGAUCAAUUUUCGUACAGUUGCUAUGAUGGUACCAGAUCGAGCAAUUAUUAUGCGUGUUAAAUUAGCUGCUUGUGGAUUUUUGAACAAUGUUGAUUUAUCUAAGAAAUUCUAUACACUUUACAAACUAUGUGAAGAACAAUUAUCGAAACAAGUUCAUUAUGAUUUCGGUUUAAGAAAUAUUUUAUCAGUUCUACGUACACUCGGUGCAUUUAAACGUGCUAAUCCACAAGAUUCGGAAACAAUGAUAGUUAUGCGUGUAUUACGUGAUAUGAAUUUAAGUAAAUUAGUAGAUGAAGAUGAACCAUUAUUUAUGUCAUUAAUUAUGGAUUUAUUUCCUGGAAUGCAGUUGGAUAAGAAAGGUUAUCCAGAAGUUGAAGCUUCGUUAGAAAAACAAAUUGAUCAACUUGGUCUUAUUUAUCAUCCACCUUGGGUAUUAAAAUGUAUACAACUUUAUGAAACAUUACGGGUUAGACAUGGCGUUAUGACACUUGGACCAUCAGGUGCUGGUAAAACUAAGUGUAUCAAUUCUUUAAUGAAAGCAAUGACUGAAAUCGGUGAUCCACAUAGAGAAAUGCGUAUGAAUCCAAAGGCUAUUACAGCACCACAAAUGUUUGGUAGAUUAGAUGUAGCUACAAAUGAUUGGACUGAUGGUAUUUUUUCCACUUUAUGGAGACGUACACAUAAAGUUAAAAAAGGUGAACAUAUUUGGUUGAUAUUAGAUGGACCAGUAGAUGCUAUUUGGAUUGAAAAUUUAAAUUCUGUAUUAGAUGAUAAUAAAACAUUAACAUUAGCUAAUGGUGAUCGAAUACCGAUGGCACCAACAGCAAAAAUUUUGUUUGAAGUACAUAAUAUAGAUAAUGCAUCACCGGCUACAGUAUCAAGAAAUGGAAUGAUUUUUAUGUCAAGUUCUAUAAUGACAUGGGAACCUAUACUAAAAGGAUGGCUUCGAACUCGUUCACCAAAUGUAACUGAAUUAAUAUUUAAUAGUUUCAAAGGAUUCUUCGAAGAUGCUUAUCGUUAUGUUACUCAGAAUUUGGAGCCAAAAAUGGAAAUUUUACAAUGUAAUUACAUUCGGCAAGCAAUUAAUCUACUUGAAGGCUUACUUCAAGGAUUAGAUGAGAAAGAAAUUAAACAAGUUCAUAUGGAAAGAUUAAUUACAUUUGCAGCAAUGUGGUCAUUAGGCGCUUUAUUAGAAUUAACUGAUCGUUUAAAAUUACAACAAUUUUUAAUGGGAAACGGAAAAUUACCACUGCCAAAAUGUGGGGUAGAUGAUACAAUAUUUGAAUAUAUGGUUAACGAACAAGGUGACUGGGCUCAUUGGGAGAGUAAGGUACCAUUGUAUGUAUAUCCACAUGAUCAAACACCUGAAUAUACUGGAAUUCUAGUACCAAAUGUUGAUAAUACAAGAACAGAUUUCUUACUUGAUUUAAUUGCAAAACAAUGUAAACCAGUCAUGUUGAUAGGCGAACAGGGUACAGCAAAGACGGUUAUUAUCAAAGGUUACUGCGGUAAAUACAAUUCAGAAGUGCAUGUAUUUAAAUCAGUCAACUUUUCAAGUGCCACUUCACCAAAUAUGUUUCAACGUACCAUUGAAAGUUAUGUUGACAAACGUAUGGGUAGUACAUUUGGACCACCAGCUGGAAAGAAAAUGACAAUAUUCAUUGAUGAUAUCAAUAUGCCAAUUAUUAAUGAAUGGGGUGAUCAAAUAACUAAUGAAAUUACUAGGCAACUAAUAGAAAUGUCCGGUUUCUAUAGUUUAGAUAAACCUGGUGAUUUUACAACAAUAAUUGAUAUUCAGUUUGUUGCUGCUAUGAUUCAUCCUGGUGGAGGUCGUAAUGAUAUACCUCAAAGACUUAAACGUCAAUUCAAUAUAUUCAAUUGUACUCUGCCUAGUAAUGCUUCAAUGGAUAAAGUUUUUGGUUCAUUAGGAUUAGGGCAUUUUUGUAGUGAACGAGGUUUUUCAUCAGAUGUGAUUAAAACAGUUCAAUGUUUAGUUCCAGCAACUAGAAAACUUUGGCAACGUGUUAAAGCGAAAAUGUUACCAACUCCAGCUAAAUUUCAUUAUGUAUUUAAUUUACGUGAUGUUAGUCGUAUAUGGCAAGGAAUGUUACGCACAACGUCAGAUGUUAUCACUAAUCCAUCUAUUUUAUUAGCUUUAUGGCAGCAUGAAUGCACUCGAGUCACUGCUGAUCGUUUCACUGAACAUAGUGAUCGUGAAUGGUUUGACAAAACAUUAAAACAAGUCGGAAUUGAAGAAUGUGGUGCUUUAGCAAAUCAAACUGAUUGGGCAGAUCCUUACUUUGUUGAUUUCUUAAGGGAUGCUGCAGAAGCAACUGGUGAAGAGACAGAUGAUGCAGAUUUUGAAGCACCGAAAAUAUACGAACCAAUCAUAAGUCUAGAACAAUUAAGUAAUCGUUUACAAAUGUUGAUGCAAAUAACACCUAAAGGUCAUGCAUUGCUGGUUGGAGUUGGUGGUUCAGGCAAACAAUCGCUUACACGUUUAGCUUCAUUUAUAGCAGGUUAUAAAACUUUUCAGAUAACAUUAAGCCGAUCAUAUAAUGUCUCUAAUCUUAUUGAGGAUUUGAAAUAUCUUUAUCGGACAGCCGGCCACCAAGGUCAAGGGAUAACAUUCUUAUUUACUGAUAAUGAAAUCAAAGAUGAGUCAUUCUUGGAAUAUUUAAAUAAUAUGCUUAGUUCUGGUGAAAUCGCCAACUUAUUUGCUCGGGAUGAAAUGGAUGAAAUUCUACAAGAACUAGUUGGCCCUAUGAAACGUGAAUUUCCACGUCGACCUAUUACUAAUGAAACAUUAGCUGAAUAUUAUUCAAGUAGGAUAACACAAAAUCUACAUGUUGUACUAUGCUUUUCACCAGUUGGACAAAAGUUUCGUAAUAGAAGUUUGAAGUUUCCUGGUCUUAUUUCUGGUUGCACAAUGGAUUGGUUUCAAAGAUGGCCUAAAGACGCUCUGUACACCCAAUGUGAAAAAAGCUGUAGUACAGACAAUGGUGUAUUUCAAGAUUUGGUAGCUGAAUCAUGUACUGAUUAUUUUCAACGUUUUCGCCGUCAAACUCAUGUUACACCCAAAUCAUAUCUAUCAUUUAUUAAUGGUUACAUGGAAAUAUAUAAAAUGAAACAUAAUGAAAUUGGUCAAUUAGCUGAACGUAUGAAUACUGGUUUAAAAAAAUUAGUUGAAGCAACUGAAUCAGUAAAUGAAUUAAGUAAAGAAUUAAUUGAAAAAGAAAAAGAACUUGCUAUUGCUAAUAAAAAGUCAGAAGAAGUUCUAACACAAGUAACUGUUCAAGCGACAGCAGCACAAAAAGUUAAAACUCAAGUACAAAUAGUAAAAGAUAAAGCACAAGUACUUGUUGAUGGGAUUAGUGUAGAUAAAGCAUCCGCUGAAAUGAAAUUAGAAGCAGCUAAACCAGCUUUAAUGGAAGCUGAAGCUGCAUUAGAAACCAUUAAACCAACACAUAUUUCUACAGUGAGAAAACUUGGUAGACCACCACAUUUGAUUAUGCGUAUUAUGGAUUGUGUCUUAUUGUUAUUUCAAAAGAGAUUGGAUACUGUCACACCGGAUCCCGAACGUCCUUGUCCUAAGCCCAGUUGGAAUGAAGCAUUAAAACUUAUGGGUGGUGCAAACUUUUUAAAUGGAUUAUUGAAUUUUCCCAAGGACACAAUCAAUGAAGAAACAGUGGAAUUAAUGUUACCUUAUUUCGAAAUGGAUGAUUUCAAUAUGGAACAAGCUAAACGUGUUUGUGGUGAUGUUGCUGGUUUAUGUUCAUGGACGAAAGCUAUGGCUUCAUUUUUUGCUGUUAAUAAAGAAGUUUUACCACUUAAGUCAAUGUUAGCACUACAGGAAAAGAGAUUGGAAGGAGCUUUGUCUGAAUUGGCGAUUGCUCAGGGUCAACUAGAUGAGAAGCAAAGGGAAUUGGAUCUGGUCCAAGCGGAAUAUGAUCGUGCAAUGGCUGACAAACAGAAACUUUUAGAUGAGGCUGACGGAUGUAGAAGAAAAAUGAGUAAUGCUACAGCAUUGAUAGAAGGUCUUGCGGGUGAACGUAUUAGAUGGACAGAAGCAAGUCAAACAUUUGAGGAGCAAAUUAAUCGGCUAGUUGGAGAUGUACUUUUAGCAACGGGAUUUCUUUCAUAUACUGGACCAUUUAAUCAAGACUUUCGUAAUUUACUAAAUCAGAAUUGGCGUCGAGAAUUAGUACAAAAUAAAAUACCAUUUUCUGAUGACAUUAAUUACAUUACAAUGUUGGUGGAUAAUGCGACAUUAAGCGAAUGGAGUGUUCAAGGCUUACCUAAUGAUGAAUUAUCAAUUCAAAAUGGGUUGAUUGUAACACGUGCUAAACGCUACCCAUUGUUAAUUGAUCCUCAAGGUCAAGGCAAAGCAUGGCUAAGACGUAAGGAAGCUGAAAGUGAAUUGCAGAUAACAUCAUUGAAUCACAAAUAUUUUCGAACACACUUGGAAGAUUCACUAUCACUUGGACGUCCAUUACUCAUAGAAGAUGUUGGUGAAGAUCUUGAUCCUGCUUUAGAUAACGUUUUAGAAAAGAAUUUCAUUAAAUCUGGUUCAACAUAUAAAGUGAAAAUUGGUGAUAAAGAAUGUGAUAUAAUGAGUGGAUUUCGUCUAUAUAUUACAACAAAAUUACCAAACCCAUCAUAUACACCAGAAAUUUAUGCUAAAACAUCAAUCAUUGAUUUCACUGUUACAAUACGUGGUCUUGAAGACCAACUUCUUGGUUUGGUAAUAUUAACAGAGAAAAAAGAACUAGAGACGGAAAGAACUAAACUCCUUGAAGAUGUGGCAACAAAUCGUCGUAAAAUGAAAGAAUUAGAAGAUAAUCUGUUAUAUCGUUUAACAACCACUGAAGGUAGUUUAGUUGAAGAUGAAUCAUUAAUUGAAAUGCUGAAUGUAACUAAAAUGACAUCGAAUGAAGUGAGAGAAAAGUUAAACGUAGCAGUUGAUACCGAAGUGAAAAUUAAUGCAGCACGUGAAGAAUAUCGUCCUGUAGCGUCACGUGGUUCAUUAUUAUACUUUUUAAUUGUUGAAAUGAGUAUGGUUAAUGUAAUGUACCAAACAUCAUUACGUCAAUUUCUUGGUUUAUUCGAUAUAUCCAUGGCUAGAUCACAGAAAUCACCACAAAUGCAAAAACGUAUAGCAAAUAUCAUUGAUUAUUUAACAUUUGAAGUGUACCGUUAUACAGCAAGAGGAUUUUAUGAAGUAGACAAGUUUACAUUCACUGUAUUGUUAACCUUAAAAAUUGCGAUGCACAUGAAAGAGGUGAAACCUGAAGAAUUUCAAAUUUUCAUUAAAGGUGGUGCGGCAUUAGAUUUGAAUGCUGUUGCACCGAAACCCAAAAAAUGGAUACAAGAUAUAACAUGGUUAAAUUUAAUUGAAUUAAGUAAAUUAAAUCAGUUCAAUCAGUUGCCAGAUCAAGUAACUUCAAGUGAUCGAUUAUGGAAAAAUUGGUUUGAUACAGAAGCUCCAGAAGAUUCUGUAAUUCCAGACGGUUAUGACAAAUUGGGUACAUUUCAUCGUUUAUUAUUGAUACGAGCUUGGUGUCCAGAUAGAUGCAUUCCAAUGGCUAAACGAUAUAUCGCUGAACGUAUGGGUUUAGCGUAUGCAGAUGGUAUUAUUACAAAUUUGGAAGAAAUGAUUGAAGAAUCAGAUACAUCGACUCCGAUGAUUUGUUUCUUAUCAAUGGGAUCAGAUCCAACAGAUAAUAUUGAAAGAUUAGCAAAAAAGAUGAAUUUAAGAUGUGGUGCAAUUUCAAUGGGACAAGGUCAAGAAGUUCACGCUCGACGUUUACUAAGCAUUAGUAUGCAAGAAGGUAGAUGGGUACUGUUGCAAAAUUGCCACCUAGGAUUAACAUUUAUGGAUGAACUUACUGAAAUUGUAACAACUUCUAAAGGUGUACAUGAAUCAUUUCGCUGUUGGCUAACUACAGAAGCUCACCCACAAUUUCCAAUAAAUCUAUUGCAAUCUGGUAUUAAAUUCACUUAUGAUCCACCUAUGGGUAUACGUGCUGGUCUACGUAGAACAUAUGCUUUAUUAACACAAGAUCAAUUAGACAUUAGUAAUUUGCCACAAUGGAAACCUUUAUUAUAUUGCGUAGCAUUUUUGCAUACUACAGUGCAAGAACGUAGAAAAUUUGGACCAAUCGGUUGGAAUAUACCGUAUGAAUUUAAUCAAUCUGAUUUUACAUCAACAGUCCAAUUUAUUCAAAAUCAUUUAGAUGAAAUCGAUCCAAAAAAAGGAAUUUCAUGGCCUACUGUUCGUUAUAUGAUUGGCGAAGUGCAAUAUGGUGGUCGCGUUACAGAUGAUUAUGAUAAGCGUUUGCUUAAUACUUAUGCCAAAGUGUGGUUUUCAGAAAAUAUAUUCACUGAUACCUUUGAGUUUUAUCGAGGUUACAAUGUACCCAAAUGUAGAACACUAGAUGAAUAUCAGACUAACAUUGAUAAUUUACCAUUGGUUGAUUCACCUGAAUGCUUUGGUUUACACUCGAAUGCAGAUAUUACCUACUCUACAAAUACAGUCAGUUCGAUGUUAUCAACUAUUGUUAAUAUUCAACCAAAAGAUAGCGGAGGAGGUGGAGGUGAAACAAGAGAAUCUGUUGUUUACAAAAUGGCUGAUGAUAUUUUACAAAAAUUACCACCCGAUUAUAAUCCAUUCGAGGUAAAAGAACGAUUAAUUAAAAUGGAUCAUUUAAAACCGCUUCAUAUAUUUUUAAAACAAGAAGUUGAUCGUAUGCAACGUGUUAUAUCCAAUGUUCGUACAACAUUGAGUGAUUUAAAAUUAGCAAUUGAUGGUACAAUUAUAAUGUCAGAAAAUUUACGUGAUGCAUUAGACAACAUAUUUGAUGCGCGUAUCCCAAGUACAUGGAGAAAAAUGUCAUGGGAAUCAGCAACUCUUGGAUUUUGGUUCACGGAUUUACUUGACAGGAAUGCUCAAUUUAGUAAUUGGCUUUUUGAAGGUCGUCCAAUUUGCUAUUGGAUGACAGGAUUUUUUAAUCCCCAAGGCUUCCUCACUGCUAUGAGACAAGAAGUGGCCAGAGCAAAUAAAUAUGCCCUAGAUGAUGUAGCUUUAACAAACGAUGUGACGAAAUUAAUGCGUGAAGAAUUAACUAAAGGUCCAACUGAAGGUGUUUACAUUCACGGUCUUAGUUUAGAUGGAGCUGGUUGGGAUCGUAAACAAGCUAGACUAAUGGAACCGCUACCAAAACUACUGUACACUCCACUCCCAGUAGUGCAUGUAUCUGCAUUUUCUCAAUCAAUCGGUGAGAAAAGUAAACCUGGAAUAUUCUAUUCAUGUCCAGUUUACAAAAAGCCUAAACGUACCGAUUUGAAUUACAUAUUUCCUUUAAUGCUUCGUAGUGCAGUAGAUGCAGAUCAUUGGAUUUUAAGGGGAGUUGCUCUUUUAGGUGAUGUUAAAUAG